CUGACAACAGCCAAACCAUCUACAAGAACACCAUCAUGACACAGAACCUCUCCUCUGGAGGAAUCACUCGCCAAGACCAGGUCUACAUCGGGUUUUCCUGCGUUGAGACCCAGCCGGACAUACAGACGGUGGCUUUCAGGAUCAAAGACAGCUCUGUGGUUCAGUUCGUCUCAUCCGGACUUUGGAAUUACUCUCUGACCAUGAAGGCCUACACCGACGCCAACCGAACUCAAGCUGUGGCCUCAAACACCGAAGUUCGCCUGAACCAGAAGAUCUGGAUGGAGCUGGACGCCGACGGCCUGAAUGAAAGCCUGGUUGCUGUGGUGAUGGACUCCUGCUGGGCGACGGACCAGGAAUCGGCCAGCGCUAGCCGUAAACAUUACCUGAUCGAGAACGGUUGUCCAAACCCUGAGGACCAGACGGUGAGCGUGGAGGCAAACGGAAAGGGAACCUCCAACUCCUUCUCCUUCAACAUGUUCCAGUUCACUGGGAGCUCUGCUCAGGUCUACCUGCACUGCAAACUGCAGCUCUGCAUCAAACAGGAGAACACCUGCGUCAAGACGUGUGCUGGAACUCGGAGACGCAGGUCUGUCCGGUCCCAGUCUGGAGCUGCUGCCUUCAUCAGCAUGGCUUGGACUGCCUAGGUGAAGGACCUCAAACUCCAUGAAGAUCCAGUCUGUGGACCGGUUCUGAUCCAGACCCGGGUGUUAUGAGGAAAUCUCUGACACAUAGCGGUUCUACUGCUGAGCGUUUCUUUGUUAUAAUCAAAUGUGGUGAAGGGAAGUGAGUGAAACACUAAACUAAUCAGAGUUUAUAGUUGGUCUUCAAUGAAAGAAGCUUUUUGAUUCUCACGUUGUCUGAGCUCAACACAUUGUAGAUGUGAAACAUCCCAUAAUGCACAGAGGAAAACAGAGAGCAGAAUGAGGCUGCAGUGGUUCACAGUGAGCUUCAAUGUUUCAGUCAGCUCUACAAUCAGGAGGAAUUUGAUUUCAUUUCUAGUCUCAAUGAUCAGUAAAGGUUUAGCAGGGAUUGGUGGCUGUUACUGAGCCGUUUUUCUUCUUCUGAAGCUGAAAUUUACAGAAACUCCAACAUGACGUUUGUAGGUUGAUGUCAGUUUUUAACAUCUAUAAAAUUAUUAUCAAGUUGAGUUUUCAAUUCAGAAAGUUAAAGCAGAGUUUUAACUCUUACAAAUGUAAAACUGGAGCACUUCCCCCUCUUGUGGCUACAAUUUGUAUUA